CUCCAGCCAGUAGGGAAAGCUGGACUGAGAUGAAAUGAUGCCUGUAGGUCUGGCUCUUUAGUACACGGAGUAUGUUAAGGGUGGACUGCGACUAAACGUCCAGAGACUAACGUCUUUCACGUACGAGACUGUCUGCUAUCGGAAGCCUUAUCCUUUUUCUAAGAAUCCUUAAGGAUGGGAUUAAAUUCACCAUAGCACUGAAUAUUUUAUCUCGCUUUAAAAACGCUUUCCGCGAAUCGCGUCGCGUGUUGCAGUAUUUCUAUGCGUUUGACGACUGAACUGUAACUUGAAAUCGUGACCAGCGAUAUUCGUCAAUGAAACACAUUUGCAGCUACAACACUGCAGCAAGCCUCAGGAGGUCCUGCGUGCUCAGUUGGUCUUAAAGGAGCAGUCAAAGCAGCACGCAAGGGUAAAAUGACUAUGUCCGUCCCAGAGAACAUGUCGGGGUCCGGGGGGAAAGAGGAGGAGAGUGAGGAUGAGAGUGAAAUCUUGGAGGAAAGCCCCUGCGGCCGCUGGCAGAAGCGACGGGAACAGGUCAGUCAGGGAAAUGUCCCAGGCAUUGAGAGUGCGUACUUGGCCAUGGACACUGAAGAGGGGGUGGAGGUGGUGUGGAACGAAGUGCAGUUUUCAGACAAGAAGGUUUUCAAGUCCUUUGAGGAGCGGAUAAAGGAGAUGUUUGAGAACCUGAUGCAGGUGGAGCAUCCAAAUAUUGUGAAGUUUCACAAGUACUGGUUGGACAUGAGAGAGAGCAGAGCGAGGGUGAUUUUUAUCACUGAAUAUAUGUCAUCUGGAAGUCUCAAGCAGUUUUUGAAGAAGACAAAGAAAAACCACAAAACUAUGAACGUGAAGGCAUGGAAGCGUUGGUGCACGCAGAUACUCUCUGCACUCAGUUACUUGCAUUCAUGUGAUCCACCCAUUAUUCAUGGUAACCUGACCUGUGACACCAUCUUUAUCCAGCACAAUGGCCUUAUAAAGAUCGGCUCAGUUUGGCACAGGCUGUUUGUUAAUGUAUUUGCUGAGGCGAUUCAUGGGAAUGUGCAUCAACAUCGAGAUGAAGUGCGGAACCAGCAUUUCUUUGCUCCGGAGUAUGGCAAUUCUGAAGAUGACUACGCCAUUGAUAUAUUUUCAUUUGGCAUCUGUGCCUUGGAGAUGGCAGUACUGGAAAUCCAGGCCAAUGGAGACACUGCAGUUUCCAAAGAGGCCAUUGAUCAUGCUGGACAAUUACUUGAGGACCCUCUCAUGAGGGAAUUUAUCCAGUCGUGUGUACGCACAGAAGCCAAAACGAGACCUACAGCUCAUGACCUGUUGUUCCACAGAGUGUUAUUUGAGGUCCACUCCUUAAAACUGCUUGCUGCGCACUGCUUUAUCAAUAACCAGUAUCUCCUUCCUGAGAAUUGUGUGGAAGAGAAAACAAAAUCUUUUGACCCUAACGGCAUCAUGGCGGAGAUUAAUCAUCGUGACCGACCUGGAGUCCAUCUAAAGUACUCUCACGUUUCUCCUCUGGAGCUGGACAAAUUCCUUGAGGAUGUGAAGAACGGCAUAUAUCCCCUCAUGAACUUUGCUUCCCAGCGGCCGCAUCCUAUCCCCCGCGCUCUUUCUUUGUCACAGGAACAGAUGGAGACUGUGAAGACCCCAACCCCAGAACCACAGGAGACUGAAACCAGAAAGGUUGUCCAGAUCCACUGUAAUUUGGAAGCAAAUGAGGAAGGCACAAGGAGUCAUCUCUCUCUCUUUUUAAAGAUGGAUGACAGGCUUCACCGGCAGCUUAGCUGUGAUGUUUUGCCAACUGACAGACCCAAAGAUUUGGCUAGUGAGUUGGUUCACCAUGCUUUCAUCAGUGAGGAAGACUGCGAGAAGUUGGCCUGUUUUCUUGAGGAUGCAUUAUGUAAGCACCGGUCAGGGACGUCCACCUCCCCUACUUCCAUGGCUGUGAUGUACUAAGCCCAACUGGUCACAUAAUAGACAAACAGAGAUUGAAGACUGGGCCAGAGCUUGAGGAAAAAGAGAUCCGGAAGAGGGAAAUGAGACCAAAAGCGCAACAUUACAUAAUGAAGGUCAUGACAAGAUGGCUUCAGAAUUAAUGAUGGGCCUGGGGAGACAAGCUCGCACCAUACCGCAUGGUACCUGCACAAACUCCAAAGAGCUCAGACUGUUCAUUUUGAUCUUGAAGGUCGAAUUACUGCUAUUAUCUCACCAUGAUGAACAUUUCUAUCACUUGCAGAGAUUCUGCUUCAGUGCCAGCAUUUUGGUUGACUUUUUUUUUUUUUUUAAUGAGUUUAAAGGAUUUUUAAUGACAUCCCUCCAAGUCAUUGUGCCUAUAUGGCAUAAUCCAUUCUCAUCUUGCAAAGGACAAUAUCUCAGACAGACAGUUUUGUUCCAAAUAAAUGUGUUAUUUAUUAUUUUAAACAAUUAAUACAUGGUCUUAGUAUACAUGUUCAAAAGUUCAAGCAAGGAAAUGCAUUUAUUUGAAAUGUUUGAUUCUACAUUUCUAAAUGAUCUUAUUCUGUAUGCUUUAACAAGCUGACGUUGAGCAAACGAAUGUAUGGUACUAUGACAAAAGUGCUCUUGGCACAUAUUAUACUAAUAUAUUUCAAUGCUUUUCUUUCAGACCUUAAACUUCAUUUCUUGCUCUUAAUCUUGAAUUUUGAAUCUUAAUCUUUGAAUUUGACAGAGUUUAAAAUCUUUUUUUUUUUUAACUGUUGAUCUCAAUUGAUUUUUCAUGCAGAUGGUAACUUUGCAGAUGUUUGUAAACAGUGGCAAUAGUGGUAUACUUAAGUAGUACAUUACCAUUCAAAUAUUUUGGGACAUUAAGAUUUUGGGGGAUUUUUUGAAAGAAAUUAAUACUUUUAUCCAGCAAGGGCACAUUAAGUUGAAUAAAAAAUGACAGUUAAACUUUUACAUUAUGAAAAAAAUCUGUUUUAAAUAAAUGCCGUUCUUUUAAACUUUCUAUUAAUCCAAGAAAUUUUAAGAAAAUGUAUCAUGGUUUCCACAAAAAUAUUAAGCAGCACAACUUUUUUUCUUACAAUAUUACUGUUUUAUUGGGUUUUUUUUUUAAUAAAAUGUAAUGCAACUUAAGAGACUUCUUUCAAAAAAUCUUUCUGACCCCGAGUGUACAAGAUGUUCCAUCUGAUAACUUCUCAAUUUUAAGCAAUAAAGCAGAAGAGCACUUCAUUCAGAUGUCUUUUACCAAGAAAAAGGCUGAACUAAUGAGUAAAUCUAUAAAUUUCAGUAUGACAUUUGCUUUUAUUCAUUAAGCAGACAUUUUUAACCAAAGCAACUGAAACCAACUCAAACAAUUAAUCAUAAGAGCAUUUUGAGCAGCUAAUGACACAGGUGUCCUGUUCACGAGUCUAACAAUGUUGACAUGGGAUUUUUUUAUUUGCCUUCUUAAUGUGAAUAUGACCUGAUCCUAGAUCAGCUGACUGCUCAGAGGUGUUUGACAUAUAUGUCCCUUACACUAAUUAAUGCACAGCGAUGGCAUACAAUGAACUGACCGUUGACUGAAUCUGAAGAAACAAUGUUUUACUUUAAUAAAUCCAUCCAUUGGGUAUGAAGGGCUUUUAUUCUAUUUGGCAUUUACAUAUUACCACAGUAUGCGUAUAUUUUAUGUCAUGUAAAAUGAUUCAUACACUUCUUUGUAUGUAUUCUAUAUGGGAGAACUUGAACCAUGUCAAGGCCAAAGAUGUACUGGGUGCAAUGCUGGCAAGAGUGGAUACUACAUUGCAAAUAUAACGUCCUGUAUUUGACUGAUACUUGCAUAUUUACAACAGUAUUAUUCAUUCUGUGAAAACAUCUAUGUUGCCAUGCCAUCCAAAGCAAUAGUAUCUGUUUUAGGGAUGCUUUCAGUACUGUAUUCUCCAAUGGCUUUGACUUCCCAAUAUUACUUAAAAAUAUGUGCAUGUCAGGAAAGGAAUGCUUUUACAAAAUUGUUCAUUUUUGUUAUAUUGGCAUGGUUGUACAAUGGCUGUAUUGCAGCUACGGAAAAUUAUUACAAGGGAUUUGUAAUCUCCAUUUAUUCUUGCAAAUUCAAAUAAUUCAGAUGUCAAGAAAAAAAGUCAUCACCCUUCCAGUGUUAUGAGACUCCAAUGCCUCACAAUGUAAUAAAUUUGUACGUAAAUACAACAAAUAUGAAUGUACAGUGAGUAACUGUUUAAAUAUACUCUUCCUAAUUCCUGGUGUCCUUUCUCAUCUUAAUCAAAUGCAUUAACCAGACUUUUGCUUUGGGCAGUUUUAUUUUAUUUUAUUUUUAUUUGUGUUGAAAUUGUAUACUGUGACAUGAAAUACUAUAACAUUAAAAUAUCAAAUUAACACUUUAA